GUCGAGACCUAAGCCGCCGGCCGCUGAGGCUGUCGGGAAAGCGGUGGCGUGCCUUGCCUUGUCUUGCCUCCGACCGUCUGCAGGGUGGGCGAAGGGCGCGCGGUUAGCGCAGAGGGGCGGCGCGUGAGCGAAGCGAGGGAGAUCACCGGAUCCCUUUGCGAAGUCGGGCGGAUCGAGAGGGAGCAGGACGGUGCGGCGGCUUGUUGGACGUCAUGGCGGGCGGGGGCAGUGCUGGCGAGUGGUGCCUCAUGGAGAGCGAUCCAGGCGUCUUCACGGAGCUCAUCAAGGGGUUCGGUUGCAGAGGAGCACAGGUUGAGGAAAUAUGGAGUUUGGAGCCUGAGAACUUUGAAAAAUUAAAGCCAGUUCAUGGACUAAUUUUUUUGUUCAAAUGGCAACCAGGUGAAGAACCAGCUGGUUCUGUUGUUCAGGAUUCUAGAUUAGAUACAUUAUUUUUUGCUAAACAGGUAAUAAAUAAUGCUUGUGCAACUCAAGCCAUAGUAAGCGUGUUGUUGAACUGUACCCAUCAAGAUAUCCAUUUAGGAGAAACGCUGUCUGAGUUCAAAGAAUUCUCUCAAAGCUUUGACGCAGCAAUGAAAGGCUUAGCAUUAAGUAACUCAGAAGUGAUACGGCAGGUUCAUAACAGUUUUGCUAGACAACAGAUGUUUGAAUUUGAUGCAAAGUCAACAGCAAAAGAAGAAGAUGCCUUUCACUUUGUCAGCUAUGUUCCUGUAAAUGGUCGAUUAUAUGAAUUGGAUGGUCUGAGGGAAGGUCCAAUAGAUUUAGGAGUGUGCAAUCAAGAUGACUGGAUCAAUGCUGUAAGGCCUGUCAUAGAAAAACGGAUACAAAAAUAUAGUGAAGGUGAAAUAAGGUUUAACCUGAUGGCAAUUGUAUCUGAUAGAAAAAUGAUAUACGAACAGAAAAUAGCAGAACUGCAAAGACAGCUGGCUGAGGAAGAGCCAAUGGAUACAGACCAGAGUAGUAAUAUACUAAGUUCCAUUCAAUCUGAAGUUGCAAAGUAUCAGAUGUUAAUUGAUGAAGAGAACCAAAAAUUGAAAAGGUACAAGGGAGCAGUGCAACCUGAUCCCUGCAACAAGAUUGAAAACAUUAGAAGAAAACACAACUACCUGCCAUUUAUCAUGGAAUUGCUGAAAACGUUAGCAGAACAUCAACAGUUGAUUCCACUAGUAGAAAAGGCAAAAGAAAAACAGAAUGCUAAGAAAGCUCAAGAGGCCAAAUGAAGACCAAUGUCAAGGGUGGCUGUCUGGAGAGGAAAAUGUGCUUCUGAAUGUCUUUGUAACCUUGCAAGACUUGUACAGUUUAAAUUUGUCCAGCACACAUUUGCAAAUUUGUAACAGUUUGUCCUAUCUCAUUUGCACGAGGUCUACAAAUCUUCCCCUUUUCCCUGUUGCUAUCAUGUGCAUGAACUACCACUCAGUAAUGGUUUUAGAAUCUCUGUCCAAUUCCACUGAUUUCUGACUUGAUUCUUCAUAUUUAAUCAGGAAAUGCUGCUGAAAUUUGUAUAGACCCAAAUUGGUGCAAGUAAUGUAGAACUUUUUACUGUAAUGAACAUAUUUAAAAUAUCUUGUCUCUUAAUGAAGCUGUGGAUAUAUAGUUAUGUGAAGAGAGCUUAACUUAUUUUUACAAAUAAGUUGGUCUAUCUUUGCUUGCCACCACUACCUAUCUUGGUCUUGGAAUUGUUCAGUGACUUGCCCUGAGUUGUUUUUAUGGAGUUAUGUCUACAUUUUCUACACAACUGAAAGUAAAAAUUUAACAGUGGGAUGAUUGACAAAGACCAAUGCAUAAGCAUAAGAGUUUAUUGCUUUAGUACAAAAAAAUAAUAAAUAUUCCCAUUUUUAUUUUGGCAAA